AUGCCAUACAGGCUGUAUGUGGCUGUAUGUUUCCGAAGGUUUACUGUGCACCAUGGCCUGGAUAUUUUUCAUGGAUGCCCCCGCUGGUUCAUGGCCACCAGCUCAUGGCCACGUAGCCGGCAGAACUUCUACGGCACGGACCGGAUGGACUUCAGCAAGUAUGCCGCUGACACAGUCGUGCAGAUGAAGGCUCAAGGAUGCUCCUAUUUGAGGACGUUGCCGGAAGAUCCCGUCACAGGCAACACUUGGUGCCCUGGUGCUAAGGAUCUCUGGGGGCCUUUGGCGUAUUUGUGUCCCGAGUCCUGUGGCUGUGCCAAUGGUACCGCCGAAGACCAAUCGGACGUUUGCCCUUCCAGCUGUACUGGUGGCUCCGCUUACGGCUAUGGAUAUUAA